AUGACUGAUCUUUAUCGAAUUGAACAAGGGGAGAAUGAACAUCCAAAGGCAUACUUACAGCGUUUCAUUGACCUCGUGCAUCAAAUCCACGACGUCGACCCACUCACCGCAGCAAAUCUCUUCGUCAAAAGCUUGCAGGUGGGGUCACUCUUGCAUGAGAAUCUCACUAUGACACCACCAUACGACAUGGCAGACGUGCAGACCCGAGCCGAGGGCGUCUUCAGGGUAUUAGAAUUUCGAGAGCGCGCACAGAAGAAGACUGCACUCAUCUCUGCUCCCCCAGCGAAUAAUCCUCCACCACCUGCCAGGGAUGACAAGAGGAAGCGAAACCAAACAGAUCAUAUGAAGGAAGGAAAAAGGCCAAGACAGGAUCGACAGCCAUCGCGGUACCCAUCCUUCGAAUACACCAUCCCUCAAGAAGUCAUUUAUGAAGAAAAUAAAGAUAGGCCUAUCUGGAGAGAGCCCUACAAAAUUAACACUCCAUCUGACAGAAGGGAUAAAAGCAGAUACUGUCUCUUCCACAAAGAUCACGGUCAUACGAUCGCUGAAUGCCACAAUCUGAACAAUCAGAUCCAAGCCCUCAUGAGGAGUGGGCGGCUUACCCAAUACAUCAAGGAGACAGGCAGACCAGGCGCCUCGCGGCAGAACACAGCUUCUGCCCCCACUCCGCAGGCGUCAGACCCCGUGCGCACAGCCUCUGACAGCACCCUGGAACCUCUUAAACAAGUCCCUAUGAUCCACGGGAUCGUAGAACCCACCGAUAAUCAAGAGCACGCAACUAAAAUCCAUAAGAGGAUGGAAGAACGAGUGAAGCGGUACAAAUCGUUAGGCCACGUGGUCAAUCUCGUCACUUCAGAAGAAAGAAGCUACACAGCCUCUGCUAUCACCUUCACUGACGAAGACCUGAAGGGCAUCCACCUGCCUCAUGACGAUCCACUCGUCAUUUCCUUACAAGUUGACCACUGCCAGCUGGGCAGAGUUCUGAUCGAUGGGGGCAGUGGGGUCGACAUCCUCUUCUGGGAAGCCUUCUAG